CACAGGGAAAUUGGAUAUUGUGUGAGUUCGAAGUCUUUAUAUCUUCUUCUAUCUUUUGUGCUCUCUCUGUCUGUUUUCAUAACAGACAGUACUCUCUGCUUUUGAAGAGCCAUGGCACCUCAAGCUCCAACUGAUCACAACUCUAACCCCAACAACGUUGACACGCGGUCUGAGAAGGAGAAAGCAAUCGAUGCUUGGCUUCCAAUCACUUCUUCAAGGAAUGCAAAAUGGUGGUACUCAGCUUUCCACAAUGUCACUGCCAUGGUUGGAGCUGGAGUUCUCGGUCUCCCUUAUGCCAUGGCAGAGCUAGGAUGGGGUCCUGGUGUUUCUGCACUUGUAAUAUCAUGGGUUGUCACUUUAUACACCUUAUGGCAAAUGGUUGAGAUGCAUGAGAUAGUACCUGGAAGACGUUUCGACAGAUACCAUGAGCUGGGUCAGCAUGCAUUUGGUGAAAAGCUCGGUCUUUAUAUUGUGGUGCCCCAACAGCUUAUUGUUGAAAUCAGCGUGAACAUACUCUAUAUGGUCACUGGAGGGAAGUCACUCAAGAAAUUCCACGAUGUGGUGUGCAAGGAUUGCUCAAACAUCAAGCUGACCUACUUCAUCAUGAUUUUUUCCUCUGUCCAUUUCGUGCUCUCCCAUCUUCCAAACUUCAACUCCAUCUCUGGUGUGUCUUUGGCUGCAGCAGUCAUGUCUUUGAGUUACUCUACCAUUGCUUGGGCUGCUUCUCUGCACAAGGGUGUGCAAUCAGAUGUCGAAUAUGGAUACAAAGCUAAGACAACAGUAGGAACAGUUUUUAAUUUCUUCAGUGCCUUGGGUGAAGUGGCUUUUGCCUAUGCGGGUCACAAUGUGGUCUUGGAGAUUCAAGCAACAAUCCCUUCUACACCUGAAAAGCCUUCCAAGGGCCCUAUGUGGAGGGGAGUGAUAGUUGCCUACAUAGUUGUGGCCUUGUGCUACUUCCCCGUCUCUCUAAUUGGGUAUUGGGUAUUUGGGAACAAAGUUGAUGACGACAUCCUCAUCACAUUAGAGAAACCUGGUUGGCUCAUUGCCAUGGCUAACUUGUUUGUCGUUAUUCACGUUAUUGGAAGUUAUCAGAUUUAUGCAAUGCCAGUGUUUGACAUGAUAGAAACCGCUCUCGUAAAAAAAUUGCAUUUCAAGCCAACUAUGAUGCUUCGCUUUAUUACACGAAAUAUAUAUGUUGCAUUCACAAUGUUUGUUGCCAUUACCUUCCCUUUCUUUGGUGGUCUACUAGGAUUCUUUGGAGGAUUUGCAUUUGCCCCAACAACAUACUUUCUGCCUUGUGUCAUGUGGCUUGCCAUCAAGAAACCAAAGAAGUUUAGCUUGUCUUGGUUCAUUAACUGGAUAUGCAUUAUACUGGGUGUUCUUUUGAUGAUUGUGUCACCUAUUGGAGGGCUAAGGCAAAUUAUAAUUCAAGCAAAGGGCUAUCAAUUCUACUCUUAGGUCUUAAUCAAAUCGUCCCACACCAAGAAGAAUUGUCACAAAUACCUUGGUUGGCGGAGAAACGAAAAUCACAAUGAUACUUGCAAUGGCCAUGGAAAAAUGGCAGCAACACAUGAAGUAAAAAAUGGGACCUCAAAAAGAGAAUAUUGCCCAUGGAACCAACUUAGAAAGCUUCCUAGAGACCUUCAUUAUUUACACUUUUCAUUAAAUGGUGUGCAUAUGUAUGUCACUUUUCAUGUUUGUUUUUUCUCUAAAGCUUCAUGUUUUUUUUUUGAAGUUUACUAUCAGUGGUGAGAUAGAAGUAGAUUCUAUAAAAAGGAUGUGCAACUUUGUAUUGUGUAGGGCACAUAUAUGUUGUUGCCACUUUUUCUUUUUUUUUACCUUCCAAAGUGCAAUAUUGUGCGAAUAAAAUUCAAUAUUAAAUGCUUUCAUACA